AUGAAUAGUGCGCGAGACCUGCGCAAACUCAGCGUCGUCAGCAGCCGCUUCUUCAGCCUCGAGCUAAAAUUCGGCAGAUCUGAGAUCUUUGAGGAUUUUUCCCAUCGUAACCACGCCGAAAAGCUUUUACUGAGAGGGCGAGUGAAAUUUCCUCCUUGGGGGACAAUGUGGGGUCAAAGCGGAACGGCCUUACUUUGUGUUUGGGCCUUCUUUUCAGUCACUGACGUGGUCAGUGGGAAGAGCUCCAAUCAGAACGGGCCGUCCGAUGAGCAGAAAGACAACACCACGGUCUUCACCAGGAUCCUGGACAGUCUCCUGGACGGCUAUGACAACCGUCUCAGGCCUGGCCUUGGAGAGCGUGUAACUGAGGUCAAGACAGACAUUUUUGUGACAAGCAUUGGACCAGUCUCGGAUCACGAUAUGGAAUACACCAUAGACGUCUUCUUCCGGCAGAGCUGGAAAGACGAGAGACUGAAGUUCAAGGGUCCGAUGGCGGUGCUCCGUCUGAACAACCUGAUGGCCAGUAAAAUCUGGACUCCAGACACCUUCUUCCACAACGGCAAGAAGUCGGUCGCCCACAAUAUGACCAUGCCCAACAAACUCCUCCGAAUCACUGAGGAAGGGACGCUGCUUUACACCAUGAGGUUAACGGUGAGAGCAGAAUGCCCCAUGCACCUGGAGGACUUUCCCAUGGAUGCCCAUGCCUGUCCGCUCAAGUUUGGCAGCUAUGCCUACACACGUGCCGAGGUCGUUUAUGUAUGGACGAGGGGUGCUGCCCAGUCCGUGGUAGUCGCUGACGAUGGUUCCCGACUCAACCAGUAUGAUUUAAUGGGACAGACAGUGGACUCAGGCGUGGUCCAGUCUAGCACCGGAGAGUACGUUGUCAUGACGACACACUUCCACCUGAAGAGGAAGAUCGGUUACUUUGUCAUCCAGACCUACCUACCAUGCAUCAUGACUGUGAUCUUGUCUCAGGUGUCUUUCUGGUUAAACAGAGAGUCUGUCCCCGCCAGAACUGUGUUUGGAGUGACCACUGUCCUGACAAUGACAACUCUGAGUAUCAGUGCCAGAAACUCACUUCCUAAAGUAGCCUACGCCACAGCCAUGGACUGGUUCAUCGCCGUCUGUUACGCUUUUGUCUUCUCCGCCCUCAUCGAGUUUGCCACCGUCAACUACUUCACCAAGAGAGGCUACGCCUGGGACGGUAAAAGCGUGGUCCCGGAAAAGCAAAAGAAGAAGAAGGAGUCUCUCCUGAAGAAGAACAACACUUAUACUGCUGCCACGGCAACAGCGUUUGCACCAAACAUCGCCAGAGACCCUGGUCUUGCGACCAUCGCCAAGAGCGCUCCCCCUCCUCCGACCGAACCCAAAGAGGAGCCCAAACCCAAGCCGCCAGAGGCCAAGAAAACGUUUAACAGUGUGAGCAAGAUCGAUCGCAUUGCCAGAAUAGCCUUCCCCUUACUCUUUGGAACCUUUAACCUGGUAUACUGGGCCACCUACUUGAAUAAAAAGCCCAAGUUACAAGGGGCACUUCAGCCUCACUAG